AUGGAUGAAUGUAAAUUUAACAUCAGUGACUGCGACGUGAAUGCAAACUGUACUAACACACAUGGUUCUUACAAAUGCACAUGUAAAGUGGGAUACAUCGGCGAUGGACGCUCAUGUUCAGAUAUUGACGAGUGUAAAGGAAAUCACUCUUGUCACGUGAAUGCUGCAUGCAUGAACACCCUUGGAUCACAUGUAUGUCAAUGUCACGCUGGAUAUACUGGAAACGGAGCAAACUGCACAGAUAUUGAUGAAUGCCAAAAAAAUACUCACAAUUGUCACCUGAACGCUACUUGUCAAAACACAAAUGGAUCCUUUGUGUGCACCUGUUUAUUUGGAUUUAACGGAGAUGGACGGAACUGCACAGAUAUUGACGAAUGUGCAAGAAAUCUUUCUUGUCAUGUGAAUGCUAACUGUACCAACACAAUUGGAUCACAUGUAUGUACAUGCCACACUGGAUACACUGGAGACGGACAAACUUGCUCAGACAUUGACGAGUGUUCACAGAUGAACAUCUGCGAUGAGCACGCCUCCUGCAGUAAUACCCAGGGCUCCUACAGUUGCGCCUGUAAUCCUAAAUACAUUGGGGAUGGUCUGACUUGUAAAGCCGAUCCGUGCUAUGAUUACAGAAACCUGAGCGAUGCUGACAGAAAGAGCACUUACAACACACCCUACGGUGGAGAAAAAUGUGACGACGAAUCCUCAUCCUUAAUAUUCGGGAAAUGGUAUCGUUUCGUGGGAGAUGCAGGAACAAAAAUGCCAACCCAGUGCGUACCGGGUAAUAGAUGUGGUGCGCUCUUAUCAGGCUGGCUAAAAGGUGGUCACCCCACAUUGGCAGAUGGUGAGGUUUCCUCCGAGGUCUGCUUUACCAGAGGUGGAGACUGUUGCAAGAAAUCAAUAAACAUUAAAGUGAAAGACUGCGGAUCCUACUUUAUUUACAAACUACUAAAGGUACCCAGUUGUGAUCUGCGCUACUGUGGCACAGACUAAGUGCUAUAAGCAAGUCACUCUGCACAGUGAAAGGAUUCACAAAUCGAUUUAUUGGUAAAUGUAAAUUAAUGUAUAACAAGGAAUGUAAGAAUUUCACGUGAUCCCCUUUUCAUGAUUAGUGUUAAACAGUGAGAAGUUUGAACACAAGAGUACCACUGGACCGCGACGUUUGAUCCUCCAAGUAAGAGUACUCCUGAGACGAUGUGACUGAAGGUAGUCAGCAAUAAUGACUGACGUUUCUAUAACCUUGGCGGAGUCUUUGACUUAUCGUUCAUGUGACAUCAAAAAUUUUUCAACAAUUAUCUUAGAGUUUUGAUAAGUAAGUUUAGGCUGGACGGUCUCAAGUCUAUUUGACCAUGUAACCUUUAUAUCUGAAAAAAACUGAAAAUAACGAAUAUGAAAUCGAAUGUGAGUCUGACUUAG